CUGCCGCCGCACUGCCCUCGCUUCCUGUGCGUCCUUAGGUCACCGCUUGCUCUAGUUCCCAGGCUUUGGCCUCCAGUGGACGAGAAUCGCGGAGGCUGCGGGGCUGGACGCUGACCGCCCGGCCAGCAACUAGGCGGGCGCGGGGCUGUGCGGGCCAGGAUCUGCCCUGGAGACUCCUAGUUAUGCGGGAACAGUCUGCAGGGAUUCUCUCUUGCUGCCUCAGUUGCUAGGGGAAGAGACUGGGCCUUAGCAGGAGAUUCCUGCAUUUGCAGGCCAGAGCACUCAUGACUUCAAUGACCUGCUUCUGGCCCUCUAGGUCUACCAGCCACCGUCUCUGCACGUUUCCAAGAGCAGCAGAAAAUGAAUACAUUGCAGGUCUCCAGACUUGUGAAUGAGGUCUACCACGUAUAUAAUCGACAGCAGUAUCCAUUUGUUGCUCUUAACAUUUCUGUUGAUUCAGGUAACUUAAUAAAAAUGCAUGCAGUGGAUUUGGAAAAGCCCGUGGUAGAAAAGCAGGAUCAUUGCCCUUCAUUAGAAGAAAAAAGGGGCGUGUCCAUUUCCAGACUGCGAGAGGCCUUUUCUCUUCAUCACACAACAGAGAACAAGCCUCACAGCCCAAAGACUCCAGAACCAAGAAGGAGCCCUCUAGGACAGAAAAGGAGUAUGCCAUCUUCUUGCACUUCAGAUGCCAUCUCUGACAGAGGUGUCCUGAGACCUCAGAAAGAAGCAGCGAGUUCCAGUCAGGGACCCAGUGACCCUACGGAGAGAUCGGAGGUGGAGAAGGACUCGGGGCACGGCAGCACUUCCGUGGAUUCUGAGGGGUUCAGCAUCCCAGACACAGACAGUCACUGCAGCAGCGAGUGUGCGGCCAGCUCCCCAGGGGACAGGGGCUCGCAGGAACAUGGGGACUCGCUGGAGAAAGCGCCUGAAACUGACGACUCUUUUUCAGAUGUGGACUGCCAUUCAAACCCGGAAGAUACCAGAUGUAAAUUUCGAGUUUUGCCUCAGCCAACUAAUCUCGCAUCCCCAAAAAAGCGUUUUAAAAAAGAAGAAAUUCUUUCCAAUUCUGACAUUCGUCAAAAGUUAGUAAAUACUCAGAACGUGUCAACCUCUCAGGUUGACGUAGCUGUUAAAAUUAAUAAGAUAGUUGUUUCCCUGGACUUUUCUAUGAGUUCUUUAGCUAAACGAAUAAAGCAGUUACAUCAUGAAGCACAGCAAAGUGAAGGUGACCAGAAUUACAGGAAGUUUAGGGCAAAGAUUUGUCCUGGAGAAAAUCAAGCAGCCGAAGAUGAACUAAGAAAAGAGAUAAGUAAAACGAUAUUUGCAGAAAUGGAAAUCAUUGGUCAGUUUAACCUGGGAUUUAUAAUAAUCAAACUGAAUGAGGAUAUCUUCAUAGUGGACCAGCAUGCCACGGAUGAGAAGUAUAACUUCGAGAUGCUGCAACAGCACACCGUGCUCCAGGGGCAGAGGCUCAUAGCGUGAUGAUUGGGACUGCUCUUAACACAAGCGAGAUGAAGAAACUGAUCACCCACAUGGGGGAGAUGGACCACCCCUGGAACUGUCCCCAUGGAAGGCCAACCAUGAGACACAUUGCCAACCUGGGUGUCAUUUCUCAGAACUGACCGUAGUCACUGUAUGGAAUGAUCGGUUGUAUUGCAGACUUUUAUGUUUUGAAAGACAGGGUCUUCACUAACCUUUUUUGUUUUAAAAUGAACCUGCUACUUAAAAAAAAUACACAUCAGACCCAUUUAAAAGUGAUCUUGAGAACCUUUUCAAACCAGAUGGAGCAUUGCUUGCAAAUUUUUUUUUCUCUGUGUUUGCAUGCGCUCGUGUGUGUGUGUCCAGGCAAGAACACGUUUUAUAAAAAUAAGAACACCUGGCUGGGCAUGGUGGCUCAUGCCUGUGAUCGCAGCACUUUGGGAGGCUGAGACAGGUGGAUCACCUGAGAUCAGAAGUUCGAGACCAGCCUGACCAACAUGGAGAAACCCUGCCUCUACUAAAAAUACAAAAUUAGCUAGGUGUGCUGGUGCAUGCCUGUAAUCCCAGCUACUCGGGCAGCUGAGGCAGGAGAAUCGCUUGAACCCAGGAGACGGAGGUUGCAGUGAACCGAGAUUGCGCCACUGCACUCCAGCCUGGGUGAUAGAGCAAGACUCUGUCUCAAAAAAAAAAAAAAAAAAACCACUUUGGAAGUUACUCAGGCCUCUGCUCUGGCUGGACAUAGUUUAGUCUAUAACUUUCAACCCUUAACAAUAAUCAAAUUCAUCUUUGUUUAAUUUCAUAAAUUUAAAAUUAGGGUCCUUUUCAGUUAGUGAUUCUCAGCCCUGAUUCACAUUAAAUUUUUAAACAAGGGGGAUUCUCUGCCCGGCUGGAAGAAAAUGACUGGAUGGGACAGGGGUCACUAUUUGAAACAUUCCUCUGUGCGGCCAAGGUCGCAAAGUGCUGUCCUCGCAGGGGAACAAAAAGAGUUUGAUUUCUCAUAAUUUGUUGCUGUGAUUUGGUUUCCUCAGGGUGUGAACUGUAGAACAUUCCAGUUACUGGCCUUGAAUGGUUCUGGGAAUAUAAGAAUCCCUGUCUGUCUUUUCAAAUAGUUUUCAUGGAACCUUGUCCUGUUUGAACUGGGCUGAAAAUGGAAGUAAAGAUGCCCUCUUGGGGGCCCAGAGAUGACAGAUGUGGCUCCCCCUGCUGCCCCCACCCCUUCCCCAGACUGUGGGCGGCUCCCCUUCCUGCUUUAGAAUCCCUUAGAUGGAGGAGGCAGUACAGUAGUAACUGUGCCAUCGUGUCUGGCACUGUGCUGGCGUGGUCUGCAGGAUCCCACUUAUGAACUCUGCAGAUUGGGAGAUGUGGCAGGAUAACAGCCCCCAAGACAGCUGUGUCCUAAUCCCCAGAACCUGUGACCACGCUGCCUCACGUGGCAGAAGGGACUCGGCAGGUGUGAUUGAGUGAAGGAUUUUUUUUUUUUUCUUUGAGAUGAAGUUUCGCUCUUGUUGCCCAGUCUGGAGUUCAAUAGCAUGAUCUCAGCUCACUACAGCCUCUGCCUCCCGAGUAGCUGGGAUUACAGGUGCCCAGAACCAUACCGGCUAAUUUUUGUAUUUUUAGUAGAGACAGGGUUUCACCAUGUUGACCAGGCUGGUCUCGAACUCCUGACCUCAGGUGAUCCAACCGCCUCAGCCUCCCAAAGUGCUGGGAUUACAGAUGUGAGCCAUCAUGCCUGGCUGAGUUAAGGAUCUUGCAACAGAGAGAUUAUCCUGGAUUGUCUGGGUGGGUCCAGUCCAUUGGAUGAGUCCUUCAAAGGUGGAGACCUUUCCCUGCUGACCAGAGAGAGGCUGCCUUGCUGGUUUUGGAGAUGGAAGGAGGUAGUCAAGGAUUGGAAGCAGCGUCUAGAACAGGGAUUCCAACACUCCGGCCACAGACCAGUAGUGGUCCAUGGCCUAUUAGGAAGCAGGGUGCGCAGCAGGUUAGGGGCCGGCAAGCCAGCGAAGCUUCAUUUGUAUUUAUAGCCACUCCCCGUCGCUGGCGUUACCACCUGAGCUCCGCCUCCUGUCAGAUCAGCGGUGGGCAUUAGAUUCUCAUAGGAGCAGGAACCCUAUUGUGAACUGCACACACGAGGGAUGUAGGUUGCACGCUCCUUGUGAGAAUCUGAUGCCUGAUGAUGUCACUAUCUCCCGUCACCCCCAGAUGGGACUGUCCAGUUGCAGGAAACAAGCUCAGGGCUCCCACUGAGUCUCUAUGAUGGUGAGUUGUAGAAUUCUUUAAUUAUAUGUUACAAUGUAAUAAUAGAAAUAAAGUGCACAAUAAAUGCAA